ACUGGAAGAUGAACACACCUUUUAUUCCAGGCGACCGGAAAAACCAUGUUUCCCUUUCCUGUGGACUUUGACCGUUCACCGCCUGCAGGAGUCUUUCUCCAACAGAUCCACAGAACUCCAGGAUGUUUCGUGUGAAGGACAGUCAGUCUGGUACAACCACCUCUCUGGUUUUCCACACUGUUACUGUCCUCGCCCUGAUACACCCAUGUAGAGGUCAGUCUGAGGUUGUUGGUGAACCUCAGCCAAUCAUAGCACUAGUUGGUGAUGACAUCAUUUUGCCCUGUCGCCUGCACCCUGCCAUGGAUGCAUCUGACAUGACUGUAGAGUGGGCGAGAUCCGACCUGGACCCCAGGUUUGUUCUUGUGUGGCGUGAUGGUGUGGAACUGGAGGCUAAAAAACAUCCGUCCUACCAGAGAAGAACGUCACUGUUUCCUGACCAACUGAAACACGGAAACAUUUCACUGAAACUUUCCAACGUGAAACUGUCUGACCAGGGAAGGUACAGAUGCUUCGUUCCAGCAUUGAGUAAAGAGUUCUCUGUUCAGCUCUUUGUAGGUGCUGCCUCCUCGCCUGUUGUUACCAUAGCAGGGAUUAAUAAAACCAUCAGUGCAGUGGUGUUAGAGUGUAAAUCUAAAGGAUGGUAUCCAGAGCCUGAGGUGUUGUGGCUGGACGGUGAGGGAAACCUCCUCUCUGCUGGACCUACAGAGACAGUCAGAGGUCCUGAUGACCUCUAUACUGUCAGCAGCAGAGUGACUGUGGAGAAGAGACACAGCAACAGCUUCACCUGUAGAGUCCAACAGAACAAAACCAACCAGACCAGAGAGACACACAUACAUGUUCCAGAUGAUUUCUUCCCGUCUAGUUCCAGUUCAUCUGUUCCCGCCAUUGUUGGUGUGGUUGUCAGCCUCCUGUUGGUUCUCACAUUAGUCUUCACUGUGUGGAAAUGGAGACAGAACAAACUGAAGAACAAGAGCAAAUGUGAUGUUGAACAAACACAGGAAGUAAAAGAGAAGAGGAGCAACUCUGACAGUAAUGAUCCAUUGAUGGAGCCUCUGAUGAGAAACAGAGAAACAGAGAGAGAGACAGUGGAGAAUGAGGAGAUGAAGAUCCAUCCCUCAAGAGAAACAACAAAUAUUCACACUCAGAUAAAAGAGGAAACACACCAAAGACCAACUGACAGUGAUCUUCAGUCUGCAGUGGAGGGAGGACGUCCCCAAGAACAAGGACAGACAGAAAGAGAAACCACAAAUGGUCAAGAAGAAACUGAGACUCUAUCAGCAGAGGGAAGAGGAGAUGAUCCAAAUCCAACAGAGAGUGAUUUGGAGAAGGGAGAUAAAACUACAUCUGUGGGUGAAAACACCAAUGUGAAUGACAAGACAACGAUCCAUCCAUCAGCUCAAACAACAAAUCCAGACACUCAUAUAGAGGAGAAAACACACCAAACACCAGCUGACAGUGAUCUUCAGGGAGAAAGUCCCCAAGAACAAGGACAGACAGAAAGAGAAACAACAACUAGUUUGGACAAAGGAAGAAGAAAAAGAAGAAGAGAAGAAACUGAAUCUGAACCAGGAGAGAAACAAAGAGAUGAUCCAAAUCCACCAGAGAGAAAUGAUGAUGACAAAGCUACAGGCAAAAGAAAGAAAGUAGAGGAAAUAUGAUGAAAGAGUUUCUAGAAAAAUGAGACAGAAGAAGGAAAAGGAGACUCUGAUAAAUGAACUGAAACAGCAGCUGCAGGAGGUGGAGAGACAGAGAGAGGAGACUGAGAAGAAGCUUCAGUCAGAGAACAGAGAGGAAGACAUGAAACAUCUGGAGAAGAAGAAGACAGAGCUUCAGAAACAGCUGGAGAAGAUGGAGAGAGGACGGGAAAGAACAAAGAAUGAGGUGAUUCACAUGACAGAGCAGAAAAUUAAA